UCUUCUCUGAUCUCCUCCUCAGGGAUUUUUACAUCACGAUGGUGAAGUGGAUCAGUAACACCAGAACCGUGGUCCGCUGGCUGAACCGGCUGCAGAACAUCUCAAUUCUGACCGUCUGCGAGACGACCACCGGAGCGUGCAUCAAGAAAUAUGAAGUCGUGUCGGACGUCUGGCUGUCCAAACAGAACGAGGAGCCGGUCUUUUCUAAGGACGGAACCAAAUUCUUCAUGACGGUGCCGGUAAAGCAGGGCGGCCGAGGAGAGUUCCACCAUAUCGCCAUGUUCAGUGUCCAG